CCUUAAGCCAUCGUCUCUCCUUGAACACCCAUAUACGUCGCCCCAAAACUUCAAUCUCCGUCAAAGGUUCCUUGGCACGUUUAAAUUUUCUUCUUCGAUUGCAUAUUAUGUCAACUUGCACACCACUUAUGUGCAUUUUCCACCCAGUAUAAAAGCUAGCUAGCUAGAGUGAAGUAGGAUGAGCUAAACCAUGGAAGAAACCCCCAAGUGUAGUAGUGUCAAAGAUCAAGAUGGAGAUCAAAAAGAUGUCCGAUACCGGGGAGUGAGAAGGCGCCCUUGGGGCAAAUUCGCAGCGGAGAUUCGUGACUCAACAAGACAAGGUGCCCGGUUGUGGCUCGGGACGUUUAACACGGCGGAGGAGGCUGCAAGGGCUUAUGAUCAGGCUGCCUAUUCAAUGAGGGGUAACAUGGCCAUACUAAACUUCCCUCAUGAAUAUCCUCCUUCACCCAAUCUUUAUUCUCCUAAUUCUGCUUCCUCAUCAACCUUCCAAAAUGUGGAAAGGACAUCAUCAAGGAGUCAUGAGCUUGGUAAAGAGGUUUUUGAGUUCGAGUAUUUUGAUGAUAAGUUGUUGGAAGAACUUCUUGAUUUUGAAAACAAGGCGAAGAACAAGUGAAAGACUUUGUGAUUUCAAAAUUUCCUUCAAUCCAAAAACAACGACAGCGAGACUAGGAAUAAGAAAUUAUGGUAAUGGGGCAUCGUAAUCCUUCGAUAAACUAGUGGAUCGGAUCGAUCUACCUGUGUUGUCAUAGUCUCUGUUGUCUUCUUUCCUUUGAAUCUGUUUUUUUUUUUUUUUUUUUUUUAUUUGAAGUAGUGUCGGCCUUGACUUGUUUGGAGGAUUGUGCGAGUACCAUUUGUGGUAAGAAAAGUUGCCAUGUCAGACCUCUGAG